AUGAAGUUAUCAUUGGGUGAUCUGGUAUGGGGGAUGGUGUCUUGCGCUACGGUUGUGAGAGCUGCUUGCUCAAGUAAUCUAUUAAUUGAUAAUUAUGCAAAAUUCUCCAGUCAUACCAAUUCUCUUGGACAGUGGACAAGUGACGACGGCACAACCACUAAUUUGAAAGCCGAUACGGCAAAUAAAAAAAUCACAUUUACUAGCAAGGCCAAUAGUUAUUUCUACACCACUUUAGAUUGCAUGAAAGCGAAAACGGAGCAGUACAAUGCAAUAACAUUUCCAGUCAAAGGGCCGGCCGGCUCUUCAUUCAAUCUAGAGCUACAGACUAAGAGUUCAUGUACAGCGACAACUUUUAAAAGCUACUACACCACUAUCACUGGAAUGACCGGAGGUACCCAAACUGUUACGGUACAACUGAGUGCUUUUCCUGGAGCCAAUCUAGAUGCGAUUUCUGGAGUUCUGUGGGAAUCCUUCAGUGUUAAAGGUGCUUGGGAGAUUGGCCAGACGAAUUUUGUUUGUGCCAGUGGUGCCGGAGGUUCAUCAAGUUCAAUCGUGACGUCUAGUACAUUAAGUUCAAUCCCGGCAUCCAGUACGAUAUCCACCAAGGGCGCUGCUGUGACGACUAGUUCUUCGACAGUUUCAAAUACCUUAGCUACCACUUUGAGCACAGUCACUCCAAGUGUUACCUCGAAAGUUGUGGCUAGCAGCGUCAGUGCUUCGGCUCCAGCAGGAGCUUGCACGAACUUGUUGAUUGAUGACUUUGCAUCUCAAUCUCGUUUGACUUUCUUAUUUUACAAUGCCAUGCUACAACCGUCUUCUGAUGAUGGUAGUAUGUCAUCAGUGACAGGAAGGGCGGAUACCGCCACUUCGGUCAUUGUGGCUAAUAAUCAUCUUACUUUGACAUCUCGCGCUGAUGGCUCGUCUUACUGGUAUACCAUGUUUGGCUGUUUAAAAGCAACCAAUGUAUAUGGCGGGAUUGGACUAACUAUCAAGGCCGCAAAAGGGACCACAUUGGGUAUCGAGCUGCAGACUUCGAAGACUUGUGAUUCUGGCAACCCCACGCUGAUAGAUAUCUCGUCUGCGGAUCUGGGAUGGAGCUUUGACGGGACUGAGAAGUUCUACACCAUUCCUUUCUCCAAAUUUUCCGGCCUCGACACUGAUAAUUUGGUCUCUGUUCUUUUCUCUGGCAUUAGCAAGCCAAUUACUCUCGGCCCAAUGUCUUUCUAUUGUGGAAACACAGGAACUGCUUACCCAGUUCCCUCUACUGUACCGGUCGUUGAGCCAUCUUCGACCAUUCCGACAACCACAGGACCUUCAGCAUAUGUCAUUGAUACGUUCGGAAAGGCAGACUCUAACAACCUUGGCUUCCAUCAUGGUGGAGAUGAGACUACCACCUACAAACAAUCCGGAAACAAACUUACUAUCAAUACCAAGGGUAAUUCUGACCUCGGUUGGUACACUCAAAUUUCCAAUGGUUGUCUCGACUUUACUCCAAACGACAAAGGUUAUCUUCACAUCGCUUUUACCGGAAGUAAUGCCUUUACCAUUGCUCUUCAGCAACACAACCCCACUUGCAAUCCCAAUCUCAGUCCAUUCCCGUUCACAUGGGAUUCCGUGGAAGCAUCUAGAUACUCCAACUCGGGCAAGACGGACAUCUAUGUACCAAUUUCCCACUUCGAAAUCAACCGCAAACUCAGCGUUGGGUUCGCGCUCAAAGGUUUCUAUACCUCCGAUGAUACAGUCAUCUCAAAAAUGGAAAUCGUUAACUCCGUUCCAUCUGGCUUCCUGGUUCCAUCCAAACUACCAACAGCACCUCUCAUAUUCUCCUGCACACGUCCUAACUCCUUCGCUUUCGCAAUCGAUGACGGUGAUCCAAAACUCGCCCAAAGAGUCGUUUCUUCCGUCGCAGCAGCAGGUAUCCACGUAACAUUUUUCACCGUUGGUGCAGCUCUCCUCGACCCAUCUACGAAUCUGUCAACAGUCUAUUCCAACAUGUUGAGCCUUGGUCACCAAGUAGCAUAUCAUUCUUACACGCACCCCCCUAUGGAAGGCCUGCCCAACCUCGCAUCCAUAGACUGGGAACUCAACAAUGAUAUCUCAGCUGUGUCAACCGCCCUCUCCGGUCACACAUCAACCUAUUUUCGCCCUCCCUUCGGCACAGAAGGCGCACGUGUUCGUCAGCGUCUCGCGGCGCUCAUUCCGGGUUCCAAAUUCGUCGAAUGGUCGGUCGAUGUACAGGAUUGGUUAUGGGCCUUGAGUGACACUCCCGAAAAACAGCUUACGAACUUUCAAAAUGACGUGGAUAAGGGAGGGAACUUAGUGGUGAUGCAUUAUUUGUACGAGUCGACUGUCAACUAUCUGCCACAGUUUAUAGAGAUUGCGAAGAAAACAGGGAAGCAGUUGAUGAGAGUAGAUCAAUGCUUGGAAGAUCCUAACGCCCCGCCGUUGUAA